AGAACCGGAAGAGGAUACAUUUGUUUGUUUUCCGGCUAGCUUGACGGCGGGUUCCUGCAGCUGAACUGUCAGCCACGUCACCUCCUCUGAAACAACUUUCCUCCGAGGCAACAACCGAACACCUCUGACUUAAUGAGGGGACUAUCUGUUCGUCUGCGUGCGUGUAGAUAACGUGCCAACGAGCUUCUUCUUUUCUUUCUCCUGUUAUCUCGUCUUGUCACCUUGUGCACUUUCGCGACUGAACAUCUCUCCGGAGGACGUAAGGCCCGUGAGGAGUUUUUUGUUAUUUUUAACAUAAACAACAUGAAUAUCUUUCGUCUGGCGGGAGACGUGUCACAUCUGCUGGCCAUCAUCAUCCUGCUCCUGAAGAUAUGGAGGUCCAAGUCCUGUGCUGGCAUCUCUGGGAAGUCUCAGGUGCUGUUUGCACUUGUCUUCACCACCAGGUACCUCGACCUGUUCACUGUCUUCAUCUCUCCUUACAACACGGUCAUGAAGGUGGUGUUCCUGGCUCUGGCCUAUGCCACCGUGUACCUGAUCUACAUGCGCUUCAGGACCACGUACGACUCUGAGAACGACACGUUCCGCGUGGAGUUCCUGUUGGUGCCGGUCAUCGGGCUGUCCUUCCUGGAGAACUACGCCUUCACCCCACUGGAGAUCCUGUGGACCUUCUCCAUCUUCUUGGAGUCGGUGGCCAUAAUGCCUCAGCUCUUCAUGAUCACAAAGACCGGCGAGGCCGAGUCCAUCACCACCCACUACCUGUUCUUCCUCGGCCUCUACCGAGCCCUCUACAUAGCCAACUGGGUGUGGCGCUACCACACCGAGGGCUUCUUCGACCAGAUCGCCGUGGUGUCUGGCGUCGUGCAGACCAUUUUCUACUGCGAUUUCUUCUACCUUUACGUCACAAGGGUGCUCCGAGGCCGAGGAAAGAUGGGCCUGCCGAUGCCCAUUUAAAGCCGCCCGCUGCAGCUCCGCGUCUGUUUCUCGCACUGGGACCGAUGGUCCGAUGUCAUUCUGGAGGCCAACGUGUGUGUACCAGAUUUCUGUGUGCUGUGAUUGGUACUUGGUGCGUGAGUCUGUAUGCGUACAUGCGCUGUUGUGGUCAGAGGUUUGAGACAUAUGCUCUUUCACAUAUUUUUGUUUUGUUUUUUCAAUAAGAUCCAAAUGUCCCUGAUGUGCACAUGGAACUUUAAAUUGAGGCGAGUGAUUAACACUAUAGAAACUGUGUAUUUCUCUUUACUUUGGGACUGUUACGAUGUUGAAUCCACUAAAUUGUACUUUAGGGAGGUCGUAUGUUUAAGCUGUAAAAGGUCCCAGAGUGUCAAAGCUUCAUACACUUCAUUCAAUCACAAACGUAUAUUCCUCUCUGAUUUACAACAGAGAUAAAUAUUAUAGUUUUUUUUUCAACUAUGUACUCUUUAAGUCAAGUUCAUUUUAUUUAUGUAGCACAAUAUCCAAAUCACACGUUUUCCUCUCGGGGCUUCACAAUCUGUACAUCUUCCAUAAAGUGUCUUCCUCUUUGGUUGUGUAAUGGUAGACACUCCCUGAAUAGCUAACUGCAUUAUAUGCAAACAAUUAAUUUCCCUAUUGCCAUGUAUGUUCAUUUUAGUAUUUCCUCUUAAUCGCCCUUCCAUUUCAAUGUAUUUCUUCGUGGGAGGAAAAAGGACUAAACACUGUCGUGUCUUAAAUGAAGCCAAAGAUGGAACCAAUAACUCCUGCGAUGUUUUAGUCAAACACACACUGUUGUCUUUCCCAGAUUGUUUGUUUGACCUUUUUGUGUCAGGGGAAAGUCAAAGAAAUGGGAGGGGGGGAAGCAUUAGAGGUGUUGAACUUCUGUCAAAGAUAAAUCUCUUUUUUUUACACUUGCAAAUGUUUUAGUACAGUAAGUUGAAUUGCUCACCAUUUUUAUGACAUUACCUUUAUUAUAACAUGGGAAUUCUCUCAAUUCAAA